AUGCAGCUCCUCCAUCUAUACGCCAUCCUCUCCCUGGCUUCUCUCGCCAUCUCAGACGACGUCGAAGGCAAAUGCAGACCCGUCGAAGGCACCAACGGCCUCUGCGAUAUCAUCUGCCCUUUCCAUGUCAGCAUAAUGGCGGGCGGUGCGAGUUGUAUGAUGCGAUUUACCCGUAUGCGGAUUGUGAGCCUGAUGACUCCCAUCCGCACCAUCGAGGAGGAGGAGGAGGGUCGUCGCCGGUGGGGAGCGUUGAAAGGGUCACGUGGAGGCGACUUCUGUACCUCCAUCGCCCCGUCAAUCGGACCAGAUGGUAACUUGGACGUCACUGGCUCGGAUCGUGCACUGUGUUUCGGAGAAUGGAAGUGUUGA